GGCCCUGGGCUUUAGACUUCAGCCUGGCUAGAAGGCCGGGCGAUGGGUGUUGCAGUCCACGGAAGGGAGGGAGCAAUGGCCGCCUCUCCCCUUGUGGGACUGCAAGGCCCAUCAUCCAUCCCCCAGUAUGUGGGGCUGGGGCUUCUGCCUGGGAUGGAGGGCAAUGGGUCAGGUCCAGAGGGAGGCAAGGGCUGGGCCCCAAAGCAGAGGAAGGGGACACUGGGUCUGGGGUCCCCCCAUAGACCCCUCUCUCCCCUGACCCUAGAGAAGGCACUACACACCCCUGGCUGCCCUAUGGCCAGGAAAGCCACUCUGCACAUGCUCAGGGCUCUCUGGGGACACAGCAGGGCAAUUGGCAACAGAAUAAGGACCCCUGAGAGAGUCAAAGGAAGCGCUGAGGGAUUCUGCUGCAGCAAAUACGCCUUUCGGGGUUUCUUAGCAGAAGCACGGAUUUCUUACUAUGAUUUACUUUCAGUCCAGAGAAACUCCUGUCAAGGAAGAAAGGAAGCAAUAGGACUCUAGUCGCUGCACAAUGUCCCUCUUUAGACAAAGGUCUCUGGGAACCAAGGAGAAGGCCUGGCAGCCCUGGAAAAGCAGGAGACGAGUGUGCAGCCAUUACAGCCUGUUGUUGAUUUGUAUACUGUCUUUAGAUGGUUGUAAGAGCGCCUUCUGGGAGAAAGGCAGACUAUGGAUGAAAUGAAUACAUUUGGUAGGGAAGAAUAAUUGCCUGCAAGAUGGACAUCAGCCAAUGGCCCUGGGGCAAGAAAGGGUCCCAGGCAGCGUAGCCCCAGGAAAGCUAAGCAAGGGCUCUUGGGGGCAGAGCAUUAGAGAAGGAAUGCUGAGGGAUUGGCGUCUAUAACCAGACAAUGGAGUUUCUCCCCCUGCGGCUAAUUCCAAUAUUAAAGAGAGAUUAAAGCACAUUAAAAGCAUCCUGUAAAUAAAGUGGAAACGCCAAGUAAUUUUGCGAACGAUUAUCACACGCAAUUGCACAAAUAAAGCCAUACGGGAAAUGCAUUAUCGCUGAAAUCCUGAAGACCCCGGUGACCUUUGAGGAGGUGGCGGUCUACUUCACCCCAGAGGAGUGGGGGUCCCUCGUGGAAUGGCAGCGGGAGCUCUACCGAGAAGUCAUGGAGGGCAACUUUGAGCUGCUGGCGUCGCUGGGAUCCAUGCCUCCCAAACCAGAGCUCAUCUGCAAACUAGAGCGAGGGGAUGACCCGUGUGCCUCGGAUGCCAAUCAUUCAGGGAUGUGGGAUGCCCAAGGGACCCCUGGAGCCGAUGACCAGAAUGGCAUCAGCAUCCCAGAGGUGACCAUCAAGCAGGAGCCAGGGGUCGACUGGCCUCGCCCUUCCUCCCCACCUCUUUGGGGGGCUCCAGGGCCCGAUUCCCACCCUUUGGCCUUCUGCCCCAUCUGGUGCGAGGUGAAGCUGUUGGACGUCAGGAGUCUGGCAUCGGACCCCAGCUUGGAAAAACCCUGGGGCCCAAGCCAGGAGGAGCCGCCAGUCUGCAGGGAAUGCAGGAGGAGCUUUGCAGACGGGGACUCCCUCAGGCGGCAUCCCUGCACCAUCCAUGGGGCGGCAGCGGCAGAGGAGAAGGAUGGAGAGAAGGAGGAGGAGAAGAAGGGACCCUUUGCCUGCCCCUCUUGUGGCAAAGCCUUCCGCUACCUCUCCAACCUCCUGACGCACAAAAAGCACCGGGGGAAACGCCGCCACACCUGCGCCCAGUGUGGGGCCCACUUCUGCCUCCAGGGAGACCUCCUGCGCCACCGGGCGAGCCACACGGCCGAGGGCGCCUACCGCUGCGGCGUCUGCAACCUGGUCUUCCAGCAUAAGUGGCUCCUGGCCUCCCACAAGGCAGAGGAGCACCUUGGGGCCAAAGGGCUGGCCUUCCAUUGCCAGGACUGCAGCCAGGCCUUCGCCACCAAGUCAGAGCUGCUGAGGCACCACAGAGUUGAGCAUGAGGAAGACCAGCCCUUCGUCUGCCCCACAUGUGGGGAGUGCUUCAGCUGGAGGGAGAGCCUCCAGAUCCACCAGCAGAAGCAUGCCCCCGAGAGACCCUUCCGGUGCCCACUCUGCGGGAAGGGCUUCACCCGCCGCAACAACCUCCUCACCCACCAGCGGCUGCACACGGGGGAGCUGCCCUUCAACUGCCCCGACUGCGGCCGCGCCUUCCCCAGCAAGGUCAGCCUGACCACCCACGGGAGGCUCCACCGCCGGGAGCGGCCCUUCCCUUGCUCCUUCUGUGGCCGCCGCUUCCGCCUCCAGGCGAAGCUUCUGGAACACCAGGCCUCCCACGGCCCCCCAGAGGUCAAGGAGGAGGCCAAGGCAUAGCAGGAAAGGAGGGCCCCAGGGCAGCCAAAACAGGGGCAUCUGACGAUCUGCGUCUGUGCCGUUCCUCAGGUACCCCUGACCGGCACUGAGGUCUUGGUCGUUUUCACAUUGAGCCAUUACAGCCUUUUGAUUUUGAAA